CAUCCAGCUUUCAAAAGUUCCGGUGUACUGUGGUGACGGCUGUGCCAUAGAACUGGGAACUAAGAUACAGAGGGUUGGAGUUACAAGCAAGAGUUGUUUAACAAACAUGGAGAAUAAUGAAGAUAUCUAUCCAUGUCAACAUUGCAGUAUGGCUUUUUCAAAACUUUCUUAUUUGAAAGCACAUUUGCAAUACAAACAUGGUCAAGAUAGAGUUGUCAAUAGGAGUCUGGAUGCCAUUGACAAUACAAGUGAACUUUCUUCCCAUGCAUCAAACUUUUAUCAACACCAUUUAAUAUGUAUAAAAGAAAAGCCUCACAAAUGUGACAACUGUGGUAAAUGUUUUCUGAACCAUGCUACAUUAAGAAAACAUCUUAGAGCUCAUACAGGAGAAAAGCCUUAUAAUUGUGGCAAAUGUGGUAAAUGUUUUACAACAUUUUCACAUUUAAAGAGACACUUAAGAAUUCAUACUGGAGAAAAACCUUACAAGUGUGACAUAUGUGGUAAAUGUUUCACUCAGGAUUCUAGUUUACGAAUCCACCAAAGAAUUCAUACUGGAGAAAAACCUUAUAAGUGUGAAAAAUGUGGUAAGUGUUUUAAAGAAAGUGGUUCUUUAAUAACACACAAUAGAUCUCAUUCAGGAGAAAAGCCAUACAAGUGUAUGAAAUGUGGUAAAUGUUUCAUUGAUGAUGGCCAGUUAAGGCAGCACUUUAAAACUCAUACAGGAGAAAAGCCUUACAAGUGUGACAAAUGUGGUAAAUGUUUCUCAAGGGAUGGGAAUUUUAAGAGACACUAUAGAAUCCAUACAGGAGAAAAGCCGUACAAGUGUGCUGAAUGUGGGAAGAGUUUCAUAGAAGGGACAAGUUUAAAGAUACACCUUAGCAGUCAUACUAUCAAAAAAUCCUACCAGUGUGACGAAUGUGGUCAAUGUUUUUUAAAGCUGAGCCACUUAAAGAAACACUUUAUAAUUCAUACAGAAGACAAGCCUUACAUGUGUGAGAAAUGUGGUAAAUUUUUUCACAAGCUUCAGGAUUUACAUACACACAGUUCUAGAAUUCAUAGUAGAACAAAACCUUAUAAAUGUGACAAAUGUGAUAGAAGUUUCACACUGCUUUGUGAUUUACAAAAACACCUUGUAAUCCAUACAGGGGAAAAUCCUCACAAGUGUGACAAAUGUGAUAAAUGUUAUUUGAAGGUUAGCUCCUUGAAAAAACAUCAAGUAGCUCAUACAAUAGAAAGACCUCUUAAGAAGUGUGACAAAUGUGGUAGAUGUUUCAAACAGCUUCGUGAUUUACAGAUACACCUUAGUGUUCACACAGGAGAAAAACCUCAUAAGUGUAACAAAUGUGGUAAAUGUUUCAGACUUUAUGUUAAUUUAAAGAGACACAAUAUAAUUCAUACAGGAAAAAAACCAUAUAUGUGUGAUCACUGUGGUAAUUGUUUCACCCAGCUUUGCAUUUUAACGAGGCACUUUAGAGUUCAUACAGGAGAAAAGCCUUACAUGUGUAACAGUUGUGGUAAAUCCUUUAAACAGAAUGCACAUUUGAUAAGCCAUCACAGAAUUCAUACAGGAGAAAAACCUUACGUGUGUAAGAAAUGUGGUAAAUGUUUCAGUCAAAGUUAUUUUUUAAAGUGCCAUUUUAGAAUUCAUUCAGGAGAAAAACCUUACAUGUGUAAGAAAUGUGGUAUAUUUUUGAGACAACGUAGCCACUUAAGAAGACACCUUAAAACUCAUACAGGUCUCACAUUUACAGAACCACCUUAAAAAAACCAUUCCACACUUGGAAAAUUUGGCACUUUUUUUUUUUAAGUUUUACCAAUCACAGAAUGACCUUGAAAUUAAAGUGUGAUAAUGUGUUACAGCAAGUUAUAGAUUACAGAGACCAUCAUAAACAAAAUCAAUCCACUUUAGAAAAUUUGGUAAUGGUGUUUUGAAGCUUUGCCAAUUAAAAAAGGACUUUAAAAUUCAAGCUAGAUCAGUUUUUUUUAACUGUGAUAAAUGUGGUAAAUAUUUUGCAGAAAUUCAUGGAUUACAGAGACAUCUUAGAAUUCAUAUAGAAGAAAAGACAUAUAAGUGUAAGAAAUGUGGUAAAUGUUUUACAGAGUUUAGGAUUUUGAAGAUACACCAUACAGUUCA